ACUCGACGUUUUACGUUAGUGACGGACGUUUUCGUAGAGCCGUAAAAUGCAGUGGUCGUUGCCCCUGGAAACGCCAUGUAGGAAGUAAAUUUGCCAGGAGCAGCUGUUUUUGUUUAGCUCUUUUUGUGCUCGAAUUGAACUUUUGACUUCUCGAAUUUCUUACUUUUUAACCUUUAGGCUCCGAUCAGUUUUAAUCUAUGAAUCGAAGCCAAGGUCAGGGGGCAGCCCGAGCCAAACAGUUAGGGCUGCUCCUGGACCUGCCCCCUGAUGGGGAGAUGGAUGAUGAUGGGAAUGAUGAAGAGCUGGAAGCAGAACUCAUGAAACUGGUGGGGGGAGGAGGAAGAUCACCAGGGAAGAAAUUUGAAGGCAGAGCUCCUGUUGCCAUGGCUGAAAUCGAGCGAAUGGCAGCUCUCUGUAUGAAAGACCUGGAUGAUGAGGAGAUGGGAGGUGACAAUGUGGAUGAUGAUGAUGAUGAUGAAGACCUGUUGGCAGAACUCAUUGAGGUUUUGGAAGACGAUGACAACCAAAGUCCAGCUUCUGUCCCGCCUGCUGUCACUCCAACUCUCCCCAAAGUGAGCGUCCCACCCCAUUCUACUGCUGCUGCUCCUAUGGGUGGAACUGGAUUGGAGUCCCGCUUACAAGAGCGCCUCGAAAUGUAUGAAACAGCUAUAUCCAAUGCCAAGGCUGCCGGAGAGAUGAGCAAAGCUCGAAGAUAUGACCGCGGAUUCAAGACCCUGCAGUCCAUGAUGGCAUCUGUCAUGAAAGGAAGACCAAUAAAUGAGGAUGAGAUCCCACCUCCUGUGGCUCUGGGUGGAAAAUCCAGCCUUCCGGCUGAGUCUGAACCAAACAGGGAGCAAAACCUGGAGCCGACACCGUCGCCAACACUGACGCCCUCCCCUCAGACCAACCAGAAACCUCUACAGGAGGCAGCACCAAUGGCUCCUAAUCCUAAGCCCCUCCUUCAGACCAAGACACAAAAGCCUGCUGUUGACAUCAGUCCAGAGACACCUGCUGCAUCCCCGCUCACCCCAAACCAGCUGAACGUACAGCACUUACAGUUGAAACAGGCAGUAUUAUCCAGGCAGAGGGAGUAUAAAAUUGCUGCCCUACAGGCCAAGCAGUGUGGAGACAUGGACCAGGCCAAACAGCAUUACCUCACAGCCAAGAAGCUGGACAAACUGGUGGAGGCGCUGGACGCAGAUGAACCAGUCAACCUUAGUUCACUACCGCCCUCUCCUGGGCAUGAAGAAGAAUCAGAGCAUCGUGCUGUUACUCCUUCUCAGUCUUGCUCCAAACCUGAUCCACCUGCUCAAACCCCGGUGUCUGCUGCUGAGCUGCCUGCCCCCAGCAGUUUAGCAGAGGCCCUGCAGCAGAGGAUGGAGAUAUACAAGUCAGCAGCAGAGGGCGCCAAGAGCACAGGAGAUGACCGUAAGGCCCGCAUGCACCAGCGCAUUGUCAAGCAAUACCAGGAUGCCAUUAAAGCUCAUAAGGCUGGCCGACCCAUUAGCUUGUCAGAACUGCCGGUGCCACCAGGCUGUCCACCGCUCCAGGGCUCAGAGCAGGUUCAACAGCAAAGCUUCAUCGGUGUCUUGGAAACGGCAAUAAAAAUUGCCCAUCAGGAUGCAGAUGCAGAAGAUGAAAACGCUGAUGGUCCACAGGUCGCGAAGCCAGCCGCACCUCCACACACACACAAAGCAAAAUCUCCUGCUGCUCCGGCUCCUGGCGACUCUGCAGCCGUUAAACUGGGACCUAAAGCUCAGCAGCAGCUGGACUUCCUGUUGCUGAGGCGACAGUCAUUUAUGCGCGCAGCGCUGCACUCCAAACACAUGAAGGACAUGACGGCAGCAGCGCAGCACCUCAGACAUGCCAAAGGACUGGACACCAUGAUCACCGCUGCUACCGCUGGGCUACCUGUUGACAUCUCUAAGAUUCCCAGCAUUCCCAUCAGUGAGGAGGAUUAUUCCCUGUCUCAUUCUCGGACGUCACCUCGCUCUGCACGCUCCAGCGAGCAGUAUCAUGGCCUCAUGGAACUUUUGAGGAAGCAGCAUGAGAAAUGUCUGGGCUUCUCUCAGCAGUUCAUAGAAUUGGGUAACGUGGCAGAAGCUCUAAAGUUUGAGAAGCUGCUGAAUGAAUGCAUGAAGAACUUGGACAUACUGAAGAAUGCGUACGCUCAGGGCCAUCCGGUCCCAAAGUGCCGCACCGAGGAGAGAAAGUUCACCACCAUCAGGAACAACCCCAAACUGGCGCCCAACGACUUGAUGCUCUACAUCAUAAGGGGCGUCAACCUGCCAGCUCCUUCAGGUGUCUCACCUGACGAUCUGGAUGCCAGUGUGAAGUUUGAGUUUCCUUUUCCCAGUGUGGAGGACGCUCAGAGGGACAAAACCAGUACAGUCAAGGACACCAAUAAUCCAGAGUUCAAGGAGCAGUUCAGACUGAAUAUCAACCGCUCCCACCGCGGCUUCAGACGAGUGGUUCAGUCCAAAGGCAUUAAGUUUGAAAUUAUUCACAAAGGAGGCUUUUUUAAGACGGACAAAAUCGUGGGCACGGCUCAACUCAAACUAGAUUCUCUAGAAAACCACUGCGAGAUCCGAGAACUGGUCGAGGUGAUGGAUGGCCGCAAACCCACCGGAGGCAAGUUGGAGGUUCAGGUGAAGAUCAGAGAGCCUUUGUCAGGAAGUGAUCUUCAGUCUGUGAAAGAAAUGUGGCGGGUUCUGGAUCCAGUCACCUAUAUGUCUCCUCCAGAGAGACAGAAGGAACAGGCUCUGUCUCCUCGGUCCAAACCAAGACACGAAACCAGCAGCAGGACCGGUCGCCUCAGCAGCGCUCCCCCACAGUACAAACUCCACAGCUUCAGCCUCCUCAACUACGACAAGGACAGGAUGGAGAGAAAGAUUGCAGAUUACCGUAAGAACCGGCGGGAUCCGCCCUCUGACCUGGUCCAUCAACACAAAGAGAUUUGUCAUCGGCUUCAGUGGCAGAAGUCACAGCUGGAAGGGGCGUCUUCUGGGCAGCUGACGGAGUACGAGAAUGUGUUAUGCCGCUUUGUUCAAGGGCUGGCUGACUCGGUGAAGAAAUUCUCCAGUCAAGGCAAUAGGGAAGCUGCUAAGGAUGCUCUGGGCAGACUGAAGAUGGUGGAGAAUGAGAUGGAAUCGUUGAAAAGGAAACGCACUGGAUGACAGAGUGACGUGCUGGAGCUCCAUCACAUCUUGAAUAAACAUGCACAAAAACACUACAGCGCCGUCUAUAGGCAGCUUUAUCAUGAAUCUGCGUGGUCACGGCUGUGACGCCUGCAUGCUGUGUUAGACGCUAAUUAAGAAACGGUGUGAUGUGACGAGGUGAGCCGUGAUUAUUUGCACUGAGAAACAAACACUAAAGGAAAUUGCCUUGUUAUCGUUAUUCCCGUCAUUCCCACUUUGUCAAUUGAGAUCUGUAGGAUUAUGUCCCUGCUGCUGGACACUGACUCGGUUGCUUGGUGUCCACAGAUGACCACAGAUGUGCCUGUAAAGUCUGGCUCACGGCCCGCUGAGGCAUUUUUAAUCCUUUUCCCACAUUGUAUGCAUGUAAUAAGAUUAAUGGAAUCUCUCUGCUCCAGCAUUCCCAGAUUACAGUAAUCUGCUCAUUUGGAGGGCUGUGAUACAGGAAUUAAAAAACAAGACCUUUAAGGCAUCAUUGCUCAAAUGUUUGCUGGAAGUUAGAGGCCUCGAUCUGACAGCCCGAUGGAACUGAUGAUGGUGUCACAGUCACGUGCCCCUGGUCAUGUGACUGCAUUGACCUUUCACCUGCUGUGACAGCGGCAUUUUCUGGUGGGCAAUAAUUAAAUGAAUCCAAUCAGUGAUGUUUCUAAAUGACUCCAGGAGCCCAGGUUUCACAUUUCUUUGCGUACUUCAAGUUUUUCCCUCUAAACUGAUUUGAACAUUGUUCUUUAAAGUUUUGUCUUCAGCAUUAAAUAGAAACCUACGUGUGCAGUUUGAGGCUGAAGGUUUCUGCCAAAUAUCAGAAUGUUAAUGAGGUGCAGGAGUGACAGGAAAAAAACCCACAACUCUCAAAAUGUUCCGAACUUUACAAAUCAGAAACUCAGGUGGCUUAUAAUGAGCAGACAUGGCAACACGGAGCACUGUGGUGGUUUGGUUCAAACCGCUUCUCCUAUUUUGAGAUCAGAUUAAACUGAAGUUUCAGAUAUCUUUUGGAUUUAAGAUCAGAAAGUCUUUAAAACAUGAGGAAAAUGAAAUAAAUGUAUAAAAUCCAAAAUACUGGAUCGCAUCACUUGGAAGAGGAUGUGCUGCUACGGAACAUCUAACUUCUGGAAGUGUCCUUGGUUCUGGUUUGAAACUGCUCAGUGGUCCAACUGGAUUGUCUGCUGAAUGUCACAGCUCCAUGAAUAAAGUCAUCACAGCAAAUGUCCCUCACCGUGCGGUUCCGGGGUCACGGUUCCUGGUUACAGUUCCUUCCUUUGAUGUCAUAUCACCCGAAGAUCUUCAGUUUCUGCAUCUUAAUCAUGCGGCUCCAGUUUGUGAUUUGAAUUAAACACAAUCAUAUUGACUCAGCAUGGCAGACCGCAGGGUGCGGUUUAGGUAUUUGUGUGUAUAUGGGUGGGGGGUGUACUGUGACUGAGGAGACGCAGAACAACCUGUAGUCUUGUCCAAAGUCUGAAAAGCUUUGGUGUUUCUUGUCUUUGUGUUCCAUUCUACUGUCAAACUGUGACUGGUGUAGAAAACCUCUUCAGUCACAGCCACCAAGGCUUUGAGCUGCUUCAGGGCUCUGGGUGGCGUCCCUCAGGUGUCACUUUUGUGCCCACUCUAUUUUUCCUUCAGACACUUUGCUGUGUUUGCUGACUGGCUUCAUUUGUGGAAUUGUUUGUUGAAGGGUUUGUCUUCUUUAUUUUGGGUGUGGGUCGGAACCCCUGACCUGCACAGCGUCCGUCCACCUGCUCCCUCACAGCUGAUGGCCUCUGGAGCACAACACUAAAUCAGCUCUUGUGCCGGGGGGGCGGAUGGAAAACCUGCAGGUUGGAUCCCUGAGGACCAGGGUUGGACCAGGAUUGGAGACUCUCUGUGGACUUUCUUCUUUUGUGUUAAAUAUGUUUUUCUGGGCGAACUGAUGACAUGAAUAAACUGCAGCGAGGACUUCCAGAAUAAAACAUUUAAUCAGUGUAAAGAGCUUUAUUGUGAAAGGUAGUUGUUUUCUGGUGUUAAGAAUCACGUGAUGUGAACGUUGUUUGUUUUGACAGCAAACAUAAACAACGGGAUGUUAAUUUAAGUGUUUACUGGGAUCAUCAUAUUUUACGAAAUAAAGUGAUUUCAUCUGUG